UUUUGGUUAACAUACCAAAAAAUGUCAUGUGAACAUGUAGCAAAUUGUCAUAGCAAAUUGUGAUAAUGCCAUUGGCAAUAAUGCAUAUCAGGACUAAAUCUUUACGCGCUGGCAACUCUACGAAAAUUGCAAUAUUUGAGAAAAUUUAUGAGUUAGUGAAAAAUUGAGAAAAAUUGUAAAUGUUGUGUGUUGCGUAUGUUACCUAAAUUCAUCCCGUGCCUGUUGUGUCCGAACGCAUAGGUAUUAUUUUCGAAUAUCGUCUACAAAUAAUUGUUCGUAUGUAUUAGUAAAGAAUUGAGAGUGCAUGCAAAAACCCUGCCAAAGUCGAACCAGUAUAGAUGUUGAGUUAACAGCGAAAAUAACAAUUACAAAAAUUUUAAAAGAGGUAUUCAAAGCAUUAAAAGAAAUUUAAAGAAAAUUCUUGAUUUUCUGAAAAAAUUGUCGUGCUAGAGGAGUUAAUGAAAAGUAAGUUCAAGAUCCUGUAUUUCGCCCUUGGAAUCUGCCUACACUUUUUCUUCCUGGUAAGCCUAAAUAGUAGAAACGAAGUGAAAAAGGAACAACUGUUUUUAAAGAAAACAAAACUGUAAAUAAAUUAGUAUUAAAAUGUUCAACAAAUGGGUAAGAGAUAUGAUCUUGAAUUUUGAUAUACAGCAUAAUUCUUACCAUAUUUGGUCUUUUCUUUUUAACAAGAUUCCUGAAAGGCCACAAGUUGAAGAAUGGAUUGAUAAUAUUUUAGAGAUUGGAGGCAUCAAUAAUACAGAUUCUAAAUUCAAUGAGUUACCCAAUGAGGUUUUGUAUAAAAUAGUGAGUUUCAUUGAGAAAGAUUCUCUACCACGUUUUCGAGCUACUUCCAAACAGAUGAAUAACAUCGUUAGAGACUUUUUAUUAGUGAAAUAUCAAGCAAGCGUCGAAAAGCGAUCAACAUUUUUUAAUCCUCAUAUAGUGCAAACUAUUACAAUUUUAACGGAUUACUUCAAGAAAUUCGGUUACGAAGGCGCGACGUAUUUACUCUUAUUAAAGUUUUAUCCAGUACUAAACUAUGAACCCGAAAAAUAUGCAUUUCAUCAUAUCGUGGCAAUUUGGAUACAAUUGUUGGCUGGAGUGAAAUUGUCUGAAACGAAUCCUAAAUUACACCCUAUGCAGGUAUUUCUACUUGGCAAUUUAACAGCUUUGCGUUUAUUUCGCACUUAUGCUCGACGUUGCUACGAUCAAGUUGGACAUAAUAUUUGGUCAUGCAAAAUGAGAACAAACAGAUUUCCGAUUGUUUUACUGAAAAACUUUCAAAUUAAUAAUAAACCAGAACCUGAUUCUUUGAAUUUGGAAUCCUUUGAUUUGGUGGAAACUUCCUACGAUUUUUUUAAAAAACGUACUAUGCACCUAUCUUUUACUAUAAUCGCUACGAAUGCACAUGUUGCACUUUUUCAUAGACUUUUUGAAAACAAGUUUAAUCCAAAUAUGAUUCCUGACGUCCUACCCUCAGACGAAUUCGUUAUGCAGUAUGAUCUAAAUUCGUAUGGCUUUCGAUAACAUAUAACAAAUAUCUGAUUAAUAAUUUAUAUUAUAUUUAAGACUAAAUAAUAGUGAUGUUUUUCAUAAUAGUCAGUUUCUCAUUAAAAAUAUAA